GGAAGUAGACGUACCUCACGGAAGCCGGCUUUGGCCCUGCGGCUGCUACCGUCGCCGCGGAGAAAUUGUUGGAUCUGGCAGUCUAGGAAUGAGGUGACUUCGUCAAUGCUCCUACCUCGAGUUCUUGAGACAGACCUGGACCGAUCCCCCACCUUGGAAUCUCCUCUCAGCCUUUAAGCUCACCUGGUCAGGAUCCUUGGAUGAGCCUGUGGGACCGUUCCUCCUAGCCCUGUGGUUUGGAACCAGUGGCUUUGGGACUGUAAGAGGAUGGACAAAGGCCUUGCCACCUCCCCCUGGGCCAGCACCACCCAUGUACCUGUCGGCAGAGCCACAAUUGACUGACUUGCUGUUGAGCUGCUGCUCUUUAGCAUGGCUGCAUUUUGAUGGCAGAGGGAGCAGUUGUGCCCAGAGCCCAGCGUGUCGGCAUCACCAGUCUGACCCGAGCACCAUGUGCUGCACGACAUGACACGUGGCACCGGGGGAACUGCCCAGCGUGGAAGGUCUGGGCCAGGUCUGAGCCCAGAUGGGAUCUGGAUGGCCAAGGAACUCUACCUUAAAACCUCAAGUGUCAAGGAGGCAGGGGAGGGGCCAAGAGGGCUGGCAGGGGAAGGGGGCUGGGGAGGGUCCCAUUUGCAGGGGCUCCAGGAUCUUAGGAGGCCCGAAUCCACCAUUUCUCUCUUGCUAGAUUCUCAGGGGCUGCUAGAUUCAUCCCUGAUGGCAUCAGGCACUGCCAGCCGCUCAGAGGAUGAGGAGUCACUGGCAGGGCAGAAGCGAGCCUCCUCUCAGGCCUUGGGCACCAUCCCUAAACGGAGAAGCUCCUCCAGGUUCAUCAAGAGGAAGAAGUUCGAUGAUGAGCUGGUGGAGAGCAGCCUGGCAAAGUCUUCUACCCGGGCGAAGGGGGCCAGUGGGGUGGAACCAGGGCGCUGUUCGGGGAGUGAACCCUCCUCCAGUGAGAAGAAGAAGGUAUCCAAAGCCCCCAGCACUCCUGUGCCACCCAGCCCAGCCCCAGCCCCUGGACUCACCAAGCGUGUGAAGAAGAGUAAACAGCCACUUCAGGUGACCAAGGAUCUGGGCCGCUGGAAGCCUGCAGAUGACCUCCUGCUCAUAAAUGCUGUGUUGCAGACCAACGACCUGACCUCCGUCCACCUGGGCGUGAAGUUCAGCUGCCGCUUCACCCUUCGGGAGGUCCAGGAGCGCUGGUACGCCCUGCUCUACGAUCCUGUCAUCUCCAAGUUGGCCUGUCAGGCCAUGAGGCAGCUGCACCCAGAGGCUAUUGCAGCCAUCCAGAGCAAGGCCCUGUUUAGCAAGGCUGAGGAGCAGCUGCUGAGCAAAGUGGGAUCGACCAGCCAGCCCACCUUGGAGACCUUCCAGGACCUGCUGCACAGACACCCCGAUGCCUUCUACCUGGCCCGUACCGCGAAGGCCCUGCAGGCCCACUGGCAGCUCAUGAAGCAGUAUUACCUGCUGGAGGACCAGACAGUGCAGCCGCUGCCCAAAGGGGACCAAGUACUGAACUUCUCUGAUGCAGAGGACCUGAUUGAUGACAGUAAGCUCAAGGACAUGCGAGAUGAGGUCCUGGAACAUGAGCUGAUGGUGGCUGACCGGCGCCAGAAGCGAGAGAUUCGGCAGCUGGAACAGGAACUGCAUAAGUGGCAGGUGCUAGUGGACAGCAUCACAGGCAUGAGCUCUCCGGACUUCGACAACCAGACACUGGCGGUGCUGCGGGGCCGCAUGGUGCGGUACCUGAUGCGCUCCCGCGAGAUCACCCUGGGCAGAGCAACCAAGGAUAACCAGAUUGAUGUGGACCUGUCUCUGGAGGGUCCGGCCUGGAAGAUAUCCCGGAAACAAGGUGUCAUCAAGCUGAAGAACAACGGUGAUUUCUUCAUUGCCAAUGAGGGUCGACGGCCCAUCUACAUCGAUGGACGGCCGGUGCUGUGUGGCUCCAAAUGGCGUCUCAGCAACAACUCUGUGGUGGAGAUCGCCAGCCUGCGAUUCGUCUUCCUUAUCAACCAGGACCUCAUUGCCCUCAUCCGGGCUGAGGCUGCCAAGAUCACACCACAGUGAGGAGUGGUGGCAGGACUCGUGGGCCCUCUCCGGCCUGUUUCCCCUGCCACUCCAGACCCCUUGAGCUGGGAACUCAGGCUCCUGGAAAAACCUGCCCAGAGUGGGCAGUGGGAGGCUCAGCUGCGGGCCAUUGAUUUGAGCCUUUGAGGGAGGAUAGGGCUGGCCUUUGUGAAGCCAGCAGAGGCUGAGAACCUCGGGCUUCCCUAGAUCCAGAGCCCCUCUCCAUCUUCCUCUCUCUAAAAACAACCCUACCCCCCGUUGCCACCUUCACUCCUGUGUCUCCAGCUGAUUAGCCUCAGACUCUUCCUUUAUUGUUUUGUAAAUAAAAAGCACCAGGUUCCAAA